AUGAUCGAGAAAGAGAGAGAAGAUUUAAGUAACAGAAUUGAAGAAAUUUCUCAGCAGUACGAACAAGCGUUGAAUCAAAUUAACAAGUUGACACUGGAGAAGGAAAAAGUGCAAAAUUCGGAAUUUGAAAAGGGAGAGAAUAUCAACAAACUCGAAGAGAUGAACUUACAAAUCCAACAAGAUAACAAUGAACUUGAAAACGAAUUGAACACUCUCAAGACCACCAUCGAAGAGUUACAACAAGAAAGAGACGCAUUUCGAAACAAAUGUGAGACAACAGAAUCGCAGCUAAAACAAAUGCUGGCGUUUCAGAGACAAAAUCAAACGUUGGUGGCUGAAAAUCAACGUUUAACGACACACGCACAAAGCUGUGAGUCUCAACUUAAAAUUAAACUUCAAGAAUAUGAAGAGAUUAGCAAAGUUCAAGACGAACUGUUACGAGCCAUUGCUGAAGAAAAGAAAAAAGUGGCUGAAUUAACAAAAAGCUCUUCUGGCGAUUUACAAUCCAAAGAAAAGCUUGCAAAGGAGAACGAGAGACUUGAGUUGCUAGUGGAUAAACUGUCAUCAGACUAUAAGCAAAAACAACUUGAAAAUAUUGAGGAGCGAAAUCAAUUAUUAUCUCAAUUUGAAAAUAAGGAAACUCAAUUAUUCGAAGAAAAUCAAAGAUUGAAAAGGGAGCUCGAGGAUCUUACUUUGAGGAUGUCACAAGAGCAAAAAAUGAAUCAGGCUACCCAACAAAGUCAGCAGCAACGUAUCACUCAGCUCACAGAACAGUUGAAGGAGCAAACUGAAAGUCUUAAGCAAACCAUCAAUGAAAAUAACAAUGAGGCAGCUCAAAACAAGCUGAAACACUCACAACAACUGACCAAGCUUAAAAAGGAGCUACACUCCAGCUUUGAAAUGAUCAAACUUCUUCGAGAUGCCAACAAAAAGAUGGAAGAAAAUUUUACCAAUCAGCAAAAGAUUAUUUCGUCCAUGGAGCUCCAACUCGAAACGUCUCAAGCUCAAAACAAGGAUUUAAAAGAACAACUAGAAAUACUCAAGGUCAAACUUCCUAAAUUGUUAAAAGCAGGUCUCUCUACAAAGCAAUAA